GAAAUCUUUGCUAUUCUACUUCUGCUGUGGGUGUAAGACCUGUGCAAGACUUCUCCCAAGACACGAGCAAGCACACGAAGAACACUUUUAUGACCUUCUGAAUUUAUAUUUGCAUCCGUAACUCGCAUGAGUGUUAACCAGGCAUUUAAGUAUCAUGUGGAGUCCUGAUGAAAUAGCCAGUUUGUGUUAUAAUCACUUUAAUAAACUGCCCAAGAGAGGAAAGCCAGAGGCGGGCAGAGAGUGGACUCUACUGGCUGCUGUCAUUCUUCUGACUGACAGCUCAGACCACAAGACAGUUCAAAAGCAGGUUGUGUCUUUGGGGACGGGCACCAAAUGCAUCGGCCAGUCUGCUAUGAGUAUGAAGGGUGAUAUUCUGAAUGACAGUCAUGCCGAGGUUAUUGCUCGAAGGGGGUGUGUCAGGUAUCUGACAGAGCAGCUGCACAGGGCUGUGAGUGGCCAGAGCUCUGACGUCUUCUGUCCAGGAGCCGAACGGGGAAAAUGGACAGUUAAACCAGGAGUUUCUUUCCUUUUCUUCACCAGUCAAACACCCUGUGAGUCCAGCUUUAUGUCUUACAUGUUAAUAUCUGUUUAGUUAAAAAGGGUCUCU